CUGCCAUGGAUCAUCAUGAUAUUCAGGAAGCGAACACCUACGUGUCGUGGCACUAUUAGAGCCCACCCUGGAUAUUACGCCAUUCUUCACACCUGUGCACAGGCCAUUUGCCAGGCCGCGUACAGUGGCGACGUUCACCAGGUGCAUCAGCUUGUCAAAACAGAUAUCAAGAAUUUAAACGUCCAGGAUGAGACAUUCGGGGACACACCAAUCAUAGCUGCCUGUAGGAGAGGAAACGUCAGGACUGUCAAAUACCUUUUAGAUCAAAAAGCUGAUGUAUCCAUAAGAAACAAGAAAAAACGGACUUGCUUGCACUAUGUUGCAAAAAAGACAUUUACCUUCUAUGAUUACCUAAUGAUCAUCAUUCUCAUGCCCAUCUUGUUGAUUGGAUAUCUUAUAAUGAAAACCAUACAGAAGAAGCACGUGAACCUGAUGAAGCUGCUGUUGAGUAGCAAGGUAGAGAUUGAUGCUGUGGACUACAAAGGAAACACAGCACUUCACUAUGCUUGCCUGAAUAAGAGUCAUGGACUUAUCCCUCUGUUAGUGGAGAGAAACGCAGAUACGUCUAUAAGAAACAAUGACCCAACAGCUGAACUGGUACUUUAGGGUGUUUAGAAUACAGGAGUGAAAGCUGAAAUGAACCAUUUUGAAAGUAAAUACAGUAAUAAAGCCUCCCCCCCUUUCAGGAUAACGAAUCACCAAUGGACAUUGCAGAGAGACUAAAAUUCCUAAAAGGGUUCAUAUUGUUAAAGAAAUCAAAAUAAGCUUUGUGGAUGGAGGCUGAGGAUUUCUUUGUGAAAUUGAAUAAAAUUGGGUGUGUGCCAAACAUCUCAACUCCAAUUUUUUGCCAGUUAUGCCUUAAUUUGUGCUGCUGUAAAAAACUAGCUGUUUACAUGAAACAUUUUGGCAACUAUACACCAUUAUAUUUAUUAGAUAAGACUGCUCCCAGCUACAAACCUUCAGUUCUUUUUAGAUAUUUCACAAGAUACCCAUGACAUAGGAUCACUCUUCAUUAAGUGUUUUGGGUUUUAUUCAAUUGAUAAAAUUGGAUGAACCUUUCAACAACAUUUGAGAAAUUCACAGUGCAAUUGUAAGUUACAGAAGGACAAACCUGUUCAGUGUCAUUAGUAAACAAAUUCAUUAAGACAUGUUAGAAAUUCAUAAGAACUAGCUCUAGAACAGCCUAUGAAAGGGCCGUUUCUGCCAUGGCUAUAAAAUGCCCACCUCCCACCACAUGGAACAUGUGACAAACAGCCAUAUGCUCAUAGUGGUCAUACAGCUUUAAAA